AUGGGAUAUUCAGUAUCCACUAUGUCGUCGUUUUCCCACUUCUUCUCCGUCCCACCUCCUCUUCACACCUACACCAUCAAAAAUGGCGCGACGAUCCCCUUCCUUUCUCUCUCCUCAAUGCCGCUCCCUCGACUCUAUCUCCGCCGCCGCGUCCCCCAAGACGCACCGUUUCACCUCGCUUCCGAAACCACCCGCAGAGCUUCAUCAACAACUCGCAAUGUCAAAGCCCAAGCUUCACUCCCAGACCCGCCCUCCUCUUCCUCCAAUACAAAACGCGUCGUUUUGGUCUCCGCUUUGACCAUUGCUCUGGCCGUCGCCAACCGCGUGCUCUACAAGCUCGCUCUUGUCCCCAUGAAAAACCACCCUUUCUUCUUGGCCCAAUUCACAACCUUCGGCUACGUGAUUAUAUAUUUUUCGAUAUUGUUCGCACGAUACCGUUCUGGGAUUGUGACUGAUGAAAUGAUAGGCCUUCCCAAAUCACGGUUUGUGGCCAUUGGUGCCUUGGAAGCCCUUGGAGUUGCUUCUGGGAUGGCUGCUGCAGCCAUGCUUCCCGGACCGGCAAUACCCAUAUUGAGUCAGACGUUUUUGGUGUGGCAGCUGAGUUUUUCUGUCCUUCUUUUGGGGAGAACAUACACAUUCAAUCAGAUCUCCGGCUGCAUACUCGUAGCUAUAGGUGUAGCAGUGGCUGUUACAAGUGGGUCUGAUUCGGGUCAGAUGCUAUCUGGAGUUGAAUCUAUGUGGCCAGUACUAAUGAUUGCUUCAAGUGCUUUUCAAGCUGGUGCAUCUAUAAUCAAGGAGUUCGUCUUCGUUGAUGCUGAGGCCCGCCUUAAGGAUAAAUCACUUGACAUAUUUGUUGUCAAUUCUUUUGGAUCUGGAUUUCAGGCUCUUUUUAUAUUUCUCUUUCUACCAUUCUUGUCAAACCUGAGAGGCAUACCAUUUGCGCAACUUCCUUCAUAUCUUAAAGAUGGUGCUGGUUGCUUUCUGAAUAUUGGAGCUGAUACAUCAGGCAAGCUGUCAUAUCAAUUUAUUUUUUUUCUGUAG